UAAAUGAUAUGAAUGUUAUGAUUGAUGGUGUAAAUGGAGUGAAUGAUGAUACGAAUGAUGGUAUUAACGAUAAUAUAAAUAAUGAUAUGAAUGAUAUGAAUAAUGGUAUGAAUAGUGUGAAUAUUGUAAUUGAUAGUGUGAAUGAUGUGAAUGAUGUGAAUGAUAUUAUAAAUAGUGUUAAUAGUGGUAUGAAUAAUAGUAGUAAACAAAUAAGACAAGAGAGUUGA